CAUCUUUCGUGCCCAAGUACUGCAUAUCAUGGCUUAUUUGCUCAAAGGCGGCGUUAUCGCGACAUUUGUCAAUAAGAACAGCACACCCUUGGUAUAUAAGGCUGACGUCCUCGUUGAGGGCUCUAUCAUCAGCAGGAUCGCGGAGAACAUUGUAGCAGGACCAGAUGUCGAGGCCAUCAACUGUGAAGGCAAAUGGAUCACACCAGGGAUGGUCGACACUCAUCGGCACCUCUUCAUGACCGUGUUGCGCGGUGAACAAUGCGACUGGCUUCUGUCUGAAUACCUAGUGAAGAUGUCCUGGAACAUACAAACGGCUCUCACCAUAGACGAAGUUCGCAUAGGGCAGCUUGCUGGUUGUCUCGACGCUCUUCAUUCAGGCGUUACGACAAUCUGCGACCACUUCCAUGCGGCACUGACACCAGAGCAUGCAGAGGCAUCUCUCACUGCCACGAUCCAGUCCGGUGCCCGAGUUGUCUGGUGCCCCGCGCGGCAAAGCGCGCCUACGCAGAUAUUUCCGACCAUAGAGUACGGAAACGAAGAAGAGACGUGCAAAUGGCAAAUGGAGAAGCUGCUGGAAUGGGGCUCGAAGGACAGCGGCAGGCUGACGCCGGACGGUCGGGUCACCCUAGGCCUUGCGUACGAUCUCGUCGGGGCAGGACCAAUGAGUGCGCAUCAAGCAGCGCUGAAAUAUGCUCGCGAGAUACCGGUGGCUAUCAUAACGGCCCACGUCGUCAAAGAACCUCGAAUUCUGAAGUGGAGGGACGGUGGACUUUUGGGUCCAGAUGUCAUCUUCUCGCACUGCAACAGUCUGUACGAUCGCACGGACCCGGAGGACGAAAUGUGGACCGCGAUGAAAGAGUACGAUUGCGCUAUCGCAUCCACGCCCGUCGACGAGUUGGGCAUGGCUCACGGGAACCCGGUGGCGAUGGAGGCCAUUCAAAGAGGUGUCAAAUGCGGACUAGGAGCGGACGGAACAUCAAUCAACGGGGGUGACAUCUUCACCGCGAUGCGCUUUGCGCUUCAGUUCGCGAGGGGACGCGGUCACGAGCAUAUUGAGCGCAACGGGCACAUUCUGCCAAAAUAUAAUAAGCACAAGUCAGCGGAUGCCUUCCGGCUGGCGACGCUAGGCGGCGCGGAAGCACUCAACCUCAGCCACCUCAUUGGUUCCAUAGAAGUCGGCAAGAAGGCCGACAUCGUCGUCUUUGACGCGGACUCGGCGAAUCUCGCGGGUAUCGAGGAUCCUAUUGCAGGCGUCACGUUCCACGCCUCAAAUGCGGACGUUGAGCUCGUCAUGGUCAACGGCGAGAUUGUUAAGUGCGAUGGGAAGCUGAUGAAGGUUGAAUGGGGCCCGGUCGCGCGCCAACUGAAGGAGAAGGCAAACGACGUGAGGUUGAGAUUCCCGAAGGAGAAGCUGGAGGCGCUCUGGACGAAGUAUUACGAUGCCUCUGGAGCGCCUAGGAUUUGAUCGAUUUAUUUCCUGGCCGCUGACGGACAAUAGCGAAUAUAGCUCGAACGUGUAACAUAUCUUAAGCUUUGUAUAUCAUGAUGUACUUACGGAGUAUUCGUCCCGUAUGAUGCAUCGCGAACUAUUCGUAUUGUC